AUGCACUCAGCAACAAUAAUUGCAAGUGGAAGAGGAGACACAACCACCGACAUUGAAGCUGUACGUGAGAAGCUGGUGACCGACCUCAAAGUCACGAUAGAUAAUCACCUGAAACUGAGGAUGUUCGAUGAUCAAGAGAAAGAAAAAAAAUCCCAUAAGUAUCGUCGGGAGGAUAACAAAAAACCCUUUGAGGAGGGGUUGCCCUGGAACUUGCGAAGUCGUCUGGCUAUCGGUAAGGCUGGGCAUGGUGUGUCAAACGUAGGUUUGUCCCCCGCCAUGCGGCAGUCACAGAAAUGGAAUGAUGGGGAGGCUAGCAAGAGUUUAGGGGGGCUGCAAAGGCCAAAGUUCUCAGCCACUCUUUCAAAGGAAGAGAUUGAGACCGACUUCUUGCUCAUGACCGGGGCAAAUCCACCUCGUAGGCCUAAGAAAAGGUCUAGGUCGCUUCAGAAGUCGCUUCAGAAACACCUUGAUAGAUUGUUUCCUGGUUCUUGGCUGAAUAUGAUAACACCAGAGAGUUAUAAAGUUCUGGAGCAUCUUGAACCAAAGGUUGAAAUUAUGUAG